AUGAGCAAGGGACUGCAGACUGGAGUCCUGGAUGAAGCAGUGUGUGCCCGUGGUAUCGACGUUGAACAGGUGUCUGUUGUCAUCAACUUUGACCUUCCUGUGGACAAGGAUGGGAACCCAGACAACGAGACUUACCUGCACUGGAUUGGGCGCACUGGCCGCUUUGGCAAGAGGGGCCUGGCAGUGAACAUGGUCGACAGCAAGCACAGCAUGAACAUCCUCAACAGAAUCCAGGAGCAUUUUAAUAAGAAAAUAGAAAGACUGGACACGGAUGAUUUGGACGAGAUUGAGAAAAUAGCCAACUGAGAAGCUCCUGCAGGUCCUUCCCAGGAAACCCGUGCUUUCACAGCACAGGCCUGGACGUCACCGAAGGACAAAGGCACA